GUGGCAUUGGGGACAGGAACAUGGCACUGGGGAUGGGAAUGUGGCACAUGGGACAGGAGCAUGGCCCUGGGAAUGGGAAAGUGGCACUGGGGACAUAAAAGUGGCACUGAGGACAGAAACAUGGCCCUGGGGAUGGGAAAGUGGUAGUGGGGACAAGAACAUGGCACUGGGGACAGGAAAGUGGCACUGGGGUUGGGAAUGUGGCACUGGGGACAACAACAUGGCCCUGGGGACAAGAGCAUGGCCCUGGGGAUGGGAAUGUGGCACUGGGGACAGCAAAGUGGCAUCAGGGAUGAGAAAGGGGUACUGGGGACAGGAAAAUGGAAUCAGAGAAUCACCGAGGUUGGAAAAGCCCUCUGGGAUCAUCGAGUCCAACCAUUGCCCCAGAACUGCCAAGGCUGUCCCCAAGUGCCACUCCAGGGAUGGUGACCCAGCGCUGCCCUGGGCAGCUGUGCCAGGGCCUGACCCCCCGUUCUGUGAAGGAAUUUCUCCUGAUCUCCAAUCCAAACCUCCCCUGGAGCAGCUUGAGGCCUUUCCUCUUGUCCUGUGCCUUGGACUCAGGGGAAGAGCCCGACCCCACCUGGCUGCACCCUCAGGGGUCAGGAAGUUGCCAGAGGCACCUGGGGGUGGGAGCAUGGAGCUGGAGAAGGGAUUGUGGUGCCUGGAGAAGGCAACAGUCCCUGGGGACUGGAACACGGUGCCUGGAGCUGGGAAUGUGGCUCUGGAGACUGGAGCACAACGUCUGGGGAUGGGAACACGGUGCUUGAGGAUGGGAACAUGGCUCUGGAGAUGGAACCGUGGCUCUGGAGAUGGAACUGUGGUAUCUGGAGAUGGAACAAUGGGCUCUGGAGAUGGAACCGUGGCUCUGGAGAUGGAACUGUGGUAUCUGGAGAUGGAAUCAUGGUAUCUGGAGAUGGAACUGUGGUAUCUGGAGAUGGAAUCAUGGUAUCUGGAGAUGGAAUCAUGGUAUCUGGAGAUGGAAUCAUGGUAUCUGGAGAUGGAACUGUGGUAUCUGGAGAUGGAAUCAUGGUAUCUGGAGAUGGAACUGUGGUAUCUGGAGAUGGAAUCAUGGUAUCUGGAGAUGGAACUGUGGUAUCUGGAGAUGGAAUCAUGGUAUCUGGAGAUGGAAUCAUGGUAUCUGGAGAUGGAAUCAUGGUAUCUGGAGAUGGAACUGUGGUAUCUGGAGAUGGAAUCAUGGUAUCUGGAGAUGGAACUGUGGUAUCUGGAGAUGGAAUCAUGGUAUCUGGAGAUGGAACUGUGGUAUCUGGAGAUGGAACAAUGGGGUCUGGAGAAGGAACCGUGGUACCUGGGCAUGGGAAUGUGGCUCUGGAGGAGGAACCGUGGUGGUUGAAGAUGGGAACACAGCACUGGAGACUGCAACACAUUGCCUGGGGUUGGAAAUGUGGCUCUGGAGAUUGGAACACAGUGCUGGAGACUGGAGCACAAUGCCUGGCGGUGGUAACACGGUGCUUGAGGAUGGGAACGUGGCUCUGGAGAUGGGAGUGUGGCUCUGGAGAUGGAAAAGUGGCUCUGGAGAAGGAAUCAGGGUUCUUGAGGAUGGGAACACAGCACUGGAGACUGGAACACAAUGUUUGGCAGUGGUAACACGGUGCUUGAGGAUGGGAACGUGGCUCUGAAGAUGGGACUGUGGCUCUGGAGAAGGAAUUCUGGUUCUUGAGGAUGGGAACAUGAUGCUGGAGACCGGAACACAUUGCCUGGGGAUGGGAAUGUAGCUCUGGAGACUGCCACACGCUGCUGAAGACUGGACCACAGCAUGUGAGGAUCGCGAUGUGCCACCGCAGACGGCAACACGGUGCCCGGGGCCAGAACCGUGCCUGCGGAGCGGGGGGCGCGGCCGUGGGACUCGAACCCGGG